AAUAGUACCAAUCUUCCUGAAGUUGAAAUCAUCAGUCUACUGGAAGAGCAGCUGCCUCAUUAUAAGCUAAGAGCAGAUACAAUCUAUGGUUAUGACCACGACGACUGGCUUCAUACACCUCUCAUUUCCCCUGAUGUGAAUAUUGACCUAACAACUGAGCAAAUAGAAGAGACCUUGAAAUAUUUCCUUUUAUGUGCUGAAAGAGUGGGCCAGAUGACUAAAACAUACAAUGACAUAGAUGCUGUUACACGUCUUCUUGAAGAGAAAGAACGGGACUUAGAAUUAGCUGCUCGGAUUGGCCAGUCACUGUUAAAGAAGAAUAAAUCACUGACAGAAAGAAAUGAGUUCUUGGAGGAACAAGUAGAACAAAUCAGGGAAGAGGUUUCUCAGUUGCGGCAUGAGCUCUCCAUGAAAGAUGAGCUGCUCCAGUUCUAUACCAGUGCUGCUGAAGAAAGUGAGCCAGAGUCCAUCUGUUCCACCCCGCUGAAGAGGAAUGAAUCUUCCUCCUCUGUCCAGAACUACUUUCAUUUGGAUUCUCUUCAAAAGAAACUCAAGGACCUUGAAGAGGAGAAUGUUGUGCUUAGAUCUGAGGCCUGUCAGCUGAAGACGGAAACAAUUACUUAUGAAGAGAAAGAACAACAGCUUGUCAAUGACUGUGUAAAAGAGCUAAGGGAUGCAAACAUCCAGAUUGCCAAUAUCUCCGAAGAGUUAGCAAAGAAAACCGAAGAUGCUGCCCGACAGCAGGAAGAAAUCACCCAUCUUCUCUCUCAGAUAGUUGAUCUGCAGAAAAAGGCGAAAGCUUGUGCAGUUGAAAAUGAAGAACUCGUCCAGCAUUUGGGAGCAGCUAAAGAUGCCCAGAGACAGCUCACUGCAGAGUUGCGGGAGCUGGAAGAUAAGUAUGCAGAGUGCAUGGAAAUGCUUCAUGAGGCUCAAGAAGAGCUGAAAAACCUUAGGAACAAGACUAUGCCAAAUGCCAUAUCACGUCGGUACCAUUCUCUUGGUCUCUUCCCUAUGGAUUCUUUGGCAGCAGAGAUAGAAGGGUCAAUGAGGAAAGAACUGCAUUUAGAUGAACCUGACUCUCCUGAUUUGGCUCAUCAGAAGCGGGUCUUCGAGACAGUGAGAAAUGUUAACCAAGUUGUCAAGCAGAGAUCCAUGACUCCGUCACCAAUGAAUAUCCCAGGCUCUAACCAGUCCUCUGCUAUGAACUCGGUCAUGUCUAGCUGCGUCAGCACUCCACGUUCCAGUUUCUAUGGGGGAGACAUCUCUAACAUUAUGAUAGACAACAAGACCAAUAGCAUCAUCCUAGAGACAGAAUCUUCUGACAAUGGAAAUGAAGACAGGAUGAAGAAGCCUGGAACUCCAGGGACUCCAGGCUCCAGCGACCUAGAGACUGCCCUUCGUAGGCUGUCCCUCAGGCGGGAGAAUUACCUCUCUGAGCGGAAGUUCUUUGAAGAAGAGCAGGAAAGGAAGUUGCGAGAACUGGCAGAAAAGGGUGAACUCCAUAGUGGUUCCGUUACCCCCACAGAGAGCAUCAUGUCGCUGGGAACUCACUCCAGAUUUUCAGAAUUCACUGGAUAUUCAGGAAUGUCGAUCAGCAGUCGCUCCUACCUGCCAGAAAAGCUUCAGAUUGUCAAACCACUAGAAGGUUCUGCCACUUUGCACCACUGGCAGCAGCUGGCUCAGCCUCACCUGGGUGGGAUCCUGGACCCGAGGCCCGGGGUUGUCACUAAGGGCUUCAGGACCCUGGAUGUGGACCUGGAUGAAGUGUACUGCCUUAAUGACUAUGAGGAAGAUGAGACAGGUGACAUUUCUUACAAGGGCCUAACUACCUCGACGCCAGUUCAGCACACAGAGACCUCAGUACCUCAUCCUGGGAAGUGCAUGUCACAAACCAACUCCACCUUCACCUUCACCACCUGCCGCAUUCUGCACCCUUCCGAUGAACUCACACGAGUCACACCAAGCCUUAACGCAGCACCUACUCCAGCUUGUGGCAGCAUUAGCAAUUUGAAAGGCACCCCAGUGGCUACUCCCUGUACUCCUCGGCGUCUGAGCUUGGCCGAAUCCUUCACUAACCUCCGGGAAUCCACGACGACGAUGAGCACGUCUCUGGGACUGGUGUGGCUGCUGAAGGAAAGGGGCAUCUCGGCAGCAGUGUACAAUCCACAGAGCUGGGAUAGAGCCAGCAAAGGCACCCUCCUGAACACCUACCCCCCUAAAAUGGCCAUCAUUCCUUCCACUCCACCAAACUCACCUAUGCAGACACCUUCUUCUUCCCCUCCAUCUUUUGAGUUCAAGUGCACCAGUCCACCUUAUGACAACUUCUUGGCUUCGAAGCCUGCUAGUUCAAUCUUGAAGGAGGUGAGGAAUAAAAAGAACAUCAGGAACAGUGAGAGUCAGACUGACGUGUCUGUUUCCAACCUUAAUCUCGUGGACAAAGUCAAGAGAUUUGGUAUCGCCAAAGUUGUGAGUUCAGGGCAAACGCCAGCUCCUGCUUUAACUGAUGACCAGGGACCUCUUCUCUGUGGGGCACAAGGACCGGUGAGGGCCCUUGUUCCUGGAGGCCUGGCACCAGACGGCCUCCCAUUGGGCUGCCCUACCGUGACCAGUGCCAUUGGGGGCAUCCAGCUGAACACUGGCAUCCGAAGGAAUCGGAGCUUCCCCACCAUGGUGGGUUCCAGCAUGCAGAUGAAAGGCCCAACAUCUCUCACUUCGGGGAUCCUCAUGGGAACCAAGCUCCCGAAGCAAACUAGCUUACGAUGAAGGACUUUUAUUUUUACAGCUGGUCUUUUUAAAUAAAAAUACUCAGAUUCUUUCUCCAAUACUCUUAUCCUGUCCCCACCACCCCUUCAUUGCCUCUUGAGUUUGACAAAUCAACUUCGUGCCUAAUGGGAGAAAUGUGUAAAAUUUGUAUAAACCAUGUAAAUAUGUACCAGAUCUAUUGUAACUAAUUGGAUUAUUUUACUGUUCAAUUGAGUGCAAAAGGCUCUACGUUAUGAUUGCUGUAUUAAGGUUAACUUGCUAACCUUUUGAAAAGGUUUUUUUUAAGAUGCACUGAAAAAAAAAAAAAACAAGAGUAAAACCAACAAAAAAUAACUUGACUAGAAAAACAUGAGUUCUGUAGCUAGCCUAACUUGAGUCAAAGGUGCAUGGGAAGCUAUUGAAUGUGUUACGUGAGACCUCUCAUUACAUCACUUGAAGCAUGGGAGCAUUUGUGCUUCGUUAAGAGCUGAAAAAAGUACUCGGUUUAACAUGUGGUAGUUUUAAUUUUGCUUCUGUAGCUGAGUUGAGCUGAGUUAUUGGAGUGCCUGGCUGUUGUGCCUGAAUGGAUGAUUUU